GAGUCUUCGGAAUUCCUUAGGAACCGAUGUAACGAGCAGAAAGGUUCAACCUUCACCGCAAGGUUACGACAUACAAUAUGGCGUCCACCCGGUGUGAACAGGAAGGACAGAGCGACGUCACAGCCGGCACGAGCUCUGAUUGGCGUCGACUACAGCGUAACCUGGAACUGAACUUUAUGGCGUGAUGCAUGGUGGGUAACAUCAGCAGACGAAACAUGGCUGCUCUUCAAACUUUGGCGAGGCGGUGUUCAACAUCGAUAUUCAAGCGACAUUUCAGCGUGUCAUCGCCAGUGGCCGCUCAGAUGACAGUACGAGAUGCCUUGAACACUGCCAUGAAUGAGGAGAUGAAGAGGGAUGAGUCAGUCUUCCUCCUGGGGGAAGAAGUUGCAGAGUAUGAUGGAGCUUACAAGGUCAGUAGAGGCCUGUGGAGAAAGUAUGGAGACAAGAGAGUAAUGGACACCCCAAUCACGGAGAUGGGAUUUGCAGGGAUAGCAGUUGGAGCGGCCAUGGCUGGUCUCAAACCAAUCUGUGAAUUCAUGACCUUCAAUUUCUCCAUGCAAGCCAUCGAUCAGGUCAUCAACUCAGCGGCAAAGACCUUCUAUAUGUCAGCAGGAAAGCAAACUGUGCCAAUCGUGUUCCGAGGCCCCAACGGUGCGGCGGCUGGCGUGGCGGCACAGCAUUCGCAGUGCUUUGCUGCCUGGUACGGCCACUGUCCCGGUCUGAAGGUGGUGUCACCGUACUCAUCAGAGGAUGCCAAGGGUCUACUCAAGUCCGCCAUCAGGGAUCCCAACCCUGUUGUGUGCAUGGAGAAUGAGCUGAUGUAUGGUACAGCAUUUGAGAUGUCAGAUGAAGCCAUGUCUGAGGAGUUCUUGGUGCCCAUCGGCAAGGCAAAGAUCGAGAGAGAAGGCACCCACUGCACCCUGGUGUCCCACUCCAAAAGUGUUGGUUUGUGUCUGGAGGCAGCUCAGAUCCUGGAGAAGGAGAACAUCUUCUGUGAGGUGAUCAACUUGCGCACAAUCAGACCAAUGGAUGAAGAAACCCUCAUCAACUCAGUGAAGAAGACGAACCAUCUAGUGACGGUGGAGGGGGGCUGGCCACAGUUUGGGGUCGGGGCAGAGAUUGUGGCAAAGGUCAUGGAAAGCGAUGCUUUUGACUACCUGGACUCUCCUGUGUACCGCGUGACGGGAGCGGACAUCCCCAUGCCGUACGCCGCGACCUUGGAACGAGCGACCCUUCCUGGCACCCAAGACGUUGUCCUGACCGUUAAGAAGUCUCUCCACAUCCAGUGACACACCCUUAAAUAUAGGUCAUAAAUUACAUUACAUGGAGGGGGGCACAGGCUUCAUCUUAAUUGUUUAAAUUAUCAUAUCAAAUGAAUGUCCUUCCAUGAUAAUAGUAUAUUUGAAGAUGUCCCUAACCCUGUCAGUGUUGUUUUCACAGGCAAAUUUAACUAGUGCAUGGUUUGUACAAAGUCCUUUGGCGACAGUUUAUAAAGUAGCAAUAUUCUAAACACAGAGACAGAAGUUUCCAUGUUGUAAGAUGACUCAGGUGCUAUCAGGAAUCUAGACUACAUGAAACUGAUGUUAUAGUCUUAUAUGGCUGAUAGUUCUGUUAUACACUUCAGUCUGGGAAAAGACAGUAAUUUUGUCAAAAAUUCACAUUAGCUUGAACAAAGCCUUGUUCCUGAAUAUUUGAAAGAUUCCACAGUCCACUACAUGUAGUGACAAAAAGGCAAUCAUAAAAAAGAAGUACCUUAAACCAAAUUCUGGAAGAAAAUUAUCACUCUGUGGAUAUAGUUUUUUGUUUCUUACUGUCAGACAGACAUGCACAGAAAACUGAUUCUAAGUGUGGAAACCUGUUGUAUCUAAUUAUAAGAUAUUCAUGAAUUUUUAUGGAUAAAAAUAUGCUCAUGUCUUGGGGCGAUCUUAACAAAUAACCAAUUGCAAACUGAGUGUAUUUCAGAUUAAUUAGAGAGUUAACAGAUUUAACCACCAGAUCUCUGACACAGUAGGGACAGUUUAGAACUUCUGAAGUCUGUUGUUUUGCUGACAAACAGGACUUACAGUAGUUCUGGUAACAGUUGAGAGCAGCUGAAGACAUACAUAUAAUCUGUGUAAGGUAGACCAAGGGAAAUUGUAUGAAGAAAGCAUCUCCAAGGAACAUGUUUUGUACAAUUAUUAGAAAAAUAUAUGUGAGUGUUCUUUGUUGAAUUUUAAGGCAAUAUAGAUACAGCAUACCAUUCUAUGUGAACCAGAGGGUUUGUCAGACUGUGAUAUUAUUAGUGACAUGUUCAGUUUUCCCAACAAUAUGAUUACAACUGGAUGAAGACCACUAGUGAAAAUCUUUAUUCUGUUGUCCUCAGUGAGUAAAAAAAAAAAACGACACGAUUUUUGAUUGGUAUAAUGUCAGAUCUGAACAGAUUGUGUACCAUCGAUUCAGGUCAAGACUUGUUGUGGAAGACAUUUAUUUGUGGGGAAUGCAUGCAGGUAUUUGUGUGAAGGGUAGGGUUUCAAAAAGAAGUCACAAAUGCUGGUUUUACUUGGUCCAUUUGUGUACUAUAUUGCUCUGGUGAUAUCCCAGUGCAGAAGAAAGGAGACCCUGUAUUAAAUUCUACAGUGAUGAUA